AUGGGUUGCAAUCUGUGCAGUUUUCAAAAGAGGGAGGAACACUACAAACUGCUCUAUGAAGUUUCUCAGGUCAACGGGAAGGAUCUCUCCAAAGCCACGCAUGAAGAAGCAGUGGAGGCUUUUCGCAAUGCUAAAGAGCCCAUAGUGGUCCAGGUUCUCCGGAGAGCACCUCUUCUCAAAACACAUGGGAGCUCACAGGACAUUCGGCUCAUGGAUGCCAGCACACAGACAGAUAUUACAUUUGAGCACAUUAUGGCUCUGGCCAAGCUAAGGCCAACCACACCUCCAGUACCUGACAUCUGCCCCUUCCUGCUUUCUGACAGCUGCCAUUCUCUUCAUCCUAUUGAGCAUGAAUUUUAUGAUGGUAAUGAAUAUCUUUCCAGCCUGCCUGCUGAUGCUGACAGAACUGAGGACUUUGAGUAUGAGGAAGUUGAACUUUGUCGUGUUAGCAGCCAGGAAAAGUUGGGGUUGACAGUCUGUUACCGCACAGAUGAUGAGGAGGACACAGGGAUCUAUAUCAGUGAGGUUGAUCCAAACAGUAUUGCUGCUCGAGAUGGACGGAUUCGGGAAGGAGAUCGGAUUUUGCAGAUAAAUGGCCAAGAUGUCCAAAACCGGGAGGAGGCAGUGGCGUUACUCUCCAGUGAUGAAUGCAAGAAAAUUGUAUUGCUGGUAGCCAGACCAGAGAUGCAGCUGGAAGAAGGAUGGCUGGAUGAUGAAAGGAAUGCAUUCUUGGAGGAGUUAAACCUGGAAAUGUUGGAAGAACAGCAUAAUGAGGCAGUGCAGUACACAGGCAAUGAAGUGGAGCAGCCAAAGAAACAUGAAGAAGAAGACGGCACCACAGAUACUGCUACCUCAUCAUCCAACAACAAUGAGAAAGACAGUGGAGUGGGCCCCACGGAUGAGAGCCAGCGCAAUGAUGAGAGCUCGGAGCAAGAAAAUCCACCAGAGGAGAAGAACAAUGCAGCUCUGCAGAGCCAACGGGAACUUGGACAGAGCCAGGAAACUUUGGGAAGCAUGGAAAUCCAGUGCAACAAGAGUCUGGUGUCUGGGGAACCGGCUCAGUCUGAUUUUGUUGGUAAUCAGGAAGAGGACUGUGAAAGGUUUCGCCAACUCCUGGAGCUCAAGUGCAAGAUCCGAAAUCAUGGAGAGUACGACUUGUACUAUUCAAGCAGUACAAUAGAAUGUAACAGAAGGCAAAAAGAUGGGGUUGAGCAUGAACUUCAGCUGCUCAAUGAGGAACUGAGGAACAUUGAACUUGAGUGUCAAAGCAUUAUGCAGGCUCACCGGCUACAAAAAGUAAAGGAUCAGUAUGGAGACAUUUGGGCACUCCAUGGUGGUACAUUCAGGAAUUAUAACACCAGUAUAGACCUUCCAGGAGGAAAACUGGAUGACAUAAUGGAGCAUCCAGAGAAAUCUGACAAAGAUAGUUCCAGUGCCUACAAUACCGCAGAGAGCUGUCGAAGCACUCCGCUGAAUGUCGGACAAUCUCCUGACAGUUCUCUCCAGCGAAUGAUAAGUAUCACCAAUAGGAAAAACCUCAGGAGUACCAUUGUGGCCAGCCAGCUGUCUUCAAGACAGAGUGGCAGAGAGACCUCCCCAAACAAAGCCAAAGCUACUGAACAGAACAGUUCUGUCGAGGAAAAGGAAACGGUUUCAGAAAGCGGCAAGUCUACAGAACAAGAAAAGCAAAGCCCUGAGCAUAUUCCUUAUCUGUCUCCGUAUCACAGUUCUUCAUACCGGUUUGGGAGUAUACCUGCACAUGCUAAGCAUUAUCAAAGCUAUAUGCAACUGAUACAACAAAAAUCUGCUGUGGAGUAUGCCCAGAGCCAACUCAGCCUGGUGAACAUGUGCAAAGAUUCACAGAAGUGCACAGAACCCAAGAUGGAAUGGAAAGUGAAAAUAAGGAGUGAUGGGACACGGUAUAUCACAAAAAGACCAGUAAGAGACAGAAUCCUGAAGGAACGUGCCUUAAAGAUUAAGGAGGAGCGCAGUGGGAUGACAACAGAUGAUGACACAAUGAGCGAAAUGAAGAUGGGUCGUUACUGGAGCAAAGAGGAGCGGAAGCAACACUUGGUGCGAGCCAAGGAACAGAGGAGGAGGCGGGAAUUCAUGAUGCGCAGCAGGUUAGAGUGUCUUAAAGAAAGCCCACAAAGCAGCGGUGAGGGCAAAAAGGAAAUUAACAUCAUUGAACUGAGUCAUAAAAAGAUGAUGAAAAAGAGGAACAAGAAGAUCUUGGACAACUGGAUGACUAUCCAGGAACUUAUGACGCACGGUGCUAAAUCUCCAGAUGACACAAGAGUGCACAAUGCUUUUUUAUCAGUUACUACGGUAUGA